AAGGAACAGCGACGAGGAAAAAAAAAAAAAAAUUCAUUUAAACAUUUCUUUACUUUAAGUUUAUUUUAUAAGUAAACAGUAUGUUUAUUUAAUACUUAGGGAACCUGAUACCACUUUGAUGUGUUAGUGCGUGGUUCUUGUUCAUCUCUCUCUCCCUCUAACAAAAAUCUUUUCUUCUGCCAAGAAAAACUAUUUCUGAAAAUAAUCAAAUCCUCUAAAGGUUUCUGUCUAUUUACUGAUAUAAUUUUUAUCUGAAACUUUUAUUUUAGCAACUCUCUUCUUCUUCUCUCUUCGUCGUCUUCCUACUUCUUUGUUUUUUCUUUCUUUGUAUUGUCUCACCGAUUUACAGUUUCUUGUUCUUACUUUACUUUGAAUCUUUAUUAAGUUUCAAAGAUCCAAACUUAUACUCUUCAAAAAUAGGUUUCAUAGGCUCUCAGAUUUGGUAUUAUAAAGAUCUGGUGUUAUGCAGAAGAGCAGGGACGACAAGGUUGAUAAAAGUGAAGAAGUGAAUAGUAGUAACAGUGGAAGAAGAAUCAAAUGUUCUUAUCAUCCACUGAUCAAAGAAGCCCUUCUAAUAACAAUCCAUCAUCUUCUUCUAGUUUCUUACAUCUGACCAACUCUUGUGAUGAGUUAGGUCAAUCACAUCUUUCAACUUUCUCCAUCAGAGAUUAUGCAUUUAGUUACCGGACCAAGAACAUCAAGAAAAGUUGGCCUUUUUCCUCAACAAGUUUGCAACUUUGUUUAAAUCAUGGCUUAACUGAUCCAUUGCCACCGAUUCAGCCUCCUGAAGUGAAGAAGCCAAACAUAACUCAUGUGGAAGCGGUAAGUCACAAGAGAAAGUCAGAGAAACUUGGCUCUUAUCAGAUAUUAGUAGAGACUACUAAACAAGGAUUUGAGAAUGGUUUGUUGGCGAGUGGUUCGAAAUCCAAAAUACAAGUAGCUAUGGUUAACAAGAAUCCUAGAAAAAAGUGUGGGUUGAUAGUGAAACCUGGAGCUUGUGUGGAUAGUGGUGGAAAAGAAGAUCAUAGUAGCCUCUUUUCAGCUUCUGAUUCUAUGGCUUUGAGAACUUGUCCCAUCUGCAAAACCUUCUCGUCUGCUUCUAACACUACUUUAAAUGCGCACAUUGAUCAGUGUCUGUCUGUUGACUCGGGGCAGCAGCCGAUUCGUAAGCCAAACAGGCCUAAGACUAAGCCACGGUUGAAAGUUAAAACCAUGACUGAUAUCUAUGCUUCUGCGAAAGAAGGCACAUUAGAAGAUCUUGAUAAAAGAAAUGGCACAAAGUGGGCUAUGAUUUCGAGCUACUCUAACCGUGUUGUCUCUGAUGAUAAGCCUGAAGUGUCCAACAAAGUAAAGAAGCGAAGCGUGUCGCGUGCUCGCAUUGAUGAAGAUGCUGCUGGCAUUGGACCUGUUUACAUUGAUGCUAAGGGCCAAAAACUGCGGAUUUUAUCUAAGUUUAACGAGAAAGCUUCUGAUCCAUCAAGAAGAGAGCAUGAAGAAGUUUGUGAGAAGAAAUCUUCUAGUGAAGGUAAAGGGGGCAAAAGCUUUAGGAAAAAACUUUGGGGAGAGAAACAUUACAAGCAUCGUAAACUAGUUCCUCAAAACAGAAAACUCACUGUUCGUAAAAGCAAUGCUUCAGAGAUACCGGAGUAUCGAAGAGGAUAUUCUAAAGAAGGUAAAGACUUUGAGAGGUCAGAAACUUCAGGUCCUGGUCAAGGUAGAAUAUUCAACCAGCGGAUGCUAACAAAGCGUUCUCUUUCAAGGCAUGGAAAGAAGAAUGGGACAGACAUUUGUGAAUCUGAGAAUUGGAAUUCAUUGUCAGAAGAUCCUCUUGUGUUAAGAAGUCCAAGUCAUGUGAGUACUGAUUUGUCCGAGACAGUUUCUUCUCCUUUAAACAGUAUAGGGUCAUGGAGAGUUUGUGGGGAGAGCCAAGUUUCUGGAAAGAGCUGGGCUUUGUCUAGGAACAGAAGCAUUGAAAGUGAUUUAUUUGUAGCAAAUCCCUUGAGAUGUUUAACACCUGUGGCGAGAGGCGUCAUGAAGUUCAAGAAAGCUCGAAUGGAUUUCUCUGAGAAUGAAGAUGAAGAUAUAGGGAAAUGGGAGUCUGAAAUGACUCAAGAACGUGAACUGUCAGAUUAUGAUGGUUGGGAUGAUGAUGAUGGAGAAACAGAUAAGGUUGCGCUAAGCUCAAAUCCUUCGUUUAGCGGGGAAGACAAUGAUUAUGAAAGCUAUGAAGAGACUGGUGAUAACAAAGGAGGUGAUGAUAUGUUGGACAAAACUAAAGAUGCAGAUGUUGAGUUUGAAAGCAUGGUUUAUGAGAAAACUGGUUGCGAAACCGCGGAACAAGAAAGCUCGUUCAUGGAGGUUGAUCCCAUUCCUAUUCCAGGACCUCCGGGAUCAUUUUUACCAAGUCCUUGGGAUAUGAUGGGAACUGAUGCAGUUGAACAUCAUGGAAACUCUUCAGUUAUCACAAGCCAAGUCCACUCUUCACAAGAUCAGUUUGAUCUCACUGACAGAAAUUCAUCGGAAUCACCUGUUUCAGCAAUUUCAAACUUUGCAGCUCCUGAAACACAGACAUUAAGUCUUCAUAACAUCAUCACCACUGACAAGAGACCUUCCAGAUUCAGAGACAAUGAUCAAUCAUGUUGUUGCCAAAGAAAGGAGAAAGCUCUUGAAGAUACAACAUUUUGUCAACCACCACCACCACAAAUGAUCCAACAAGAUUUGGAUUUCCUGAGUAAGUCUGUGCCUGCGGUUCCUUCAACUCCCAACCCGGUGUUGCGGCUGAUGGGAAAGGAUUUGAUGGUUAUUAACCAAAGAGAAGAGCCUUCACACAACGAAUCAAGUCCAAAACCAACCUCUCAGUUUCUAGAUCUUUCUAAGACACAGCAAGCGUCUCCUUCUGUUAAUCUUCUUCAUCCUCCUUACAGCGGAAAUGGUUAUUUCGACACCAAUACAAGCUUCUACAACAUCCCAUGAAAGUUCAGACCAAGAACUCUACUUCUCUCCAAGAUACUAAAUAAUAUUCCAUGGCAUUUCAGAUCAAAGUCCAGGCAUUUUCCUUAAGCUUGAGAUCUUGAGAAGCUAGACACCUCAAGAUCUCAUGUUUCUCUAUAAUAAAGAGGUUGAGAAUCUCAAAAAGGCUGCUUUAGAAAGACAAUGGUGAGACUGAGAUAAAUUCUCUCCUCAUAGGAUGAUAUAUAUGAGAACUCCACUAAGGUAAAAGGACCCCCACUUUUGUUUUAAGUUUUAAGGAUGAAAACUUAUAAUUAUAAUGUUAUGAAAGCGAAUUUAAAAUAAAUUAUAUAAGAGUUAACAUCAUGAUGCUUAAUUCUCUCUAUUUAGAUAUAAAUAUUUGUAUGGUUGAAAUCAUAUGAUGUAGUCAAGAUCAUAGUCACCGUCAUGACAUACAUUAUUAUGUAUACGCAAUUCAUUAUCUUUUUU